AUGGACGACUCGGACCUCGCAGGCCCCAUCCUCGCCUUCUUCCUGUUCGGCACCUUCCUGCUCUUCUCCGGCAAGAUCCACUUUGGCUUCAUCUACGGCCUCGCCGCCCUCGGCUCCGUCUCGCUGCACCUCAUCCUCUCCCUCAUGACGCCCACCGAGCUGGGCCCCCACGAAGCCGACUCGCACACCCACCCCUCGGCCGCGCAAUACCCCGGCGGCAGCGGCGUCGGCGUCGUGCCCGGCGGUGCCGCCCCGGGCAUCGGCAUCAGCGGCGGCGGCGGCGGCAGCGGCCCCGGCAAGCCGGGCCACUUCUCGACGACGCUGACCUUUGCGCGCUCGAGCUCCAUCCUCGGCUACUGCCUCCUGCCCCUCGUCGCCACGAGCCUGCUCGGCAUCCUCAUGCCCAUGGACACGCCGCUCGGCAUCGUCAUCACGAGCGCCGCCAUCCUGUGGUGCACCUACGCCGCGUCCGGCAUGUUCGUCGCCAUCGGCCGCAUGAUGAGCAUGCGCCUCCUCAUCGCCUACCCGCUCGCCCUCUUCUACGUCGGCUUCGGCAUCAUGGGCGUCUUCAGCUCGCGGGGGAGCACCCUUGCUGCGGCGGCGGCUGGGCUGAAGGCGUAG